AUGCCUUCCCACGGUCAGUACACGACCGAAAAGAUCACAUAUCUUUCUCACGGUGAGACCGUCAGUGGAAUCCACUUUCGUCCGACAAAUGUCACGAAUCCACCCAGUGUCGUGAUCACCGGCCCAUAUUCUUUUGUGAAAGAACAAGCGCCGCUGCAAUACGCCACUCGCCUCGCAGAUGAAGGCUACGCAGCGUUGAUCUUCGACCCCCGCACUGUUAGCGAAAGCACCGGCCAACCCCGACGACAUGUCAGUAUCUGCCAGGGCGGCCCCGAAUCCCUAGAUGUGGCAUCCUACGAUGGACGGAGCGCAGGUGUGGCCUCAGUCUCGGGAUACUACCGGGACCAUGAAACCGACAUCUACAUGAUCUGCGCUGGGUGUGUUGCAUGGACGCCUGGGGCAGAUAUCGCGGCAAUGAAAAUGCCGACCCCCGAACAGGGAGAAGCCCUGUACAAAGCACGACUUGGGCGAGCUCAAAAAGCCCGCGAAUUGUACGACAAGACUGGGGAAGUGGUGUAUCAGCCGCUGGUUGAUCCGAAGCCCGCUGGCCCUGAUACUGGGUCACUGGCCGGCCUUCCGGGACCAGUCGUUUGGUCGUGGUAUGGGCCGUGGACACUGAAGGGAUUCGAGAACCGAUACGCGGUGAUGAGUGACCUGGACCACUUUAGAUAUACCACCGUUCCUGGUGUGGCGAAGCUGAACAAGCCAGCGCUGAUAAUUCAUGGUGACAACUGUAUGAAUGCGGCUGCUGCUAAGCGCCAUUACGAGUCAAUUCCCACCAGUCGAAAGAAGUUGAUCUGGAACAACGAGGUUUCCCAUUUCCAGCACUAUGACCAGCCGGAUUGUGUUGAUCGCAAUGUCGGGGACAUUGCGGCCUAG